CUUUCCGACAAAGGAUCACGAGAUAUCAAACUUAUGUGAGUGUGGCAGUGGUAUUCUAAAGUUGAAAGUUUCCCUCCCUCAACACAUUACGUAAAUCCAUCGUUAACUGAAAGAAUUUAUUCGAUUGCUUGAGGAACUUUAGUCGAACAUACGAUCAUUAGAGGCGGACAAAGAGGUUCGAGAAAGCAACUUUGACAAACUUUAGUGAUUUACUCAAUCUUUACCUUCUGUUGAAAGAAUCAUGGUAGUUGGAAAAAAAUACCUCGAUGGCACAACAUUUGUGCAACUUGCUAUGGCCUUGUCUCUGAUGAGACCCGAACUUCAAGGAUUCGUCGGCCAGAACACAACUCCGCCGAUGCCUGUGAACAUUGGAUACCCACAGAAUUUCACUGGUGUUGUUCCGUACAAUCACGUUCCAAGCACCACCAACUUCAACUUCAACCUAGCACCUAAAGAAGCGAAUGUCCAGCAUCCCCUAAAUGAGUUUCUCGAUUGGCACACUAGUGGCAACAAUCAGUUUGAUACAGAUGCAGUUGCCAUGCUUUUCAACGGGGAAAGCCAUACCGCCCCAAGAGAGACAAGAGCCUCGUUUAGUACCGAGUUAGAGAGCGGUUACAGCUCCGAUGGCGGUCGUUCUCCUUCAGCUAUUUCUUCUGUCGGUGGCUCACCACAACACGAAGCCAGUUAUACAAACACACAGGCCCCUGAAGCAGACAACUUCGGUGCCGCUGGCUACACUCCGACCGAAGAAGACUAUUUGAAGUCUAUCGCGAUCGACUUCCAACUAGAAGAUUAUAUCGACCUCGACGCCAUCUAUGGGGAACCACCUCAGAAGAAAGCAGCGUUUUUGUCAGAAGAACUGCCCUAUACAAACAUUAAAACCGAGCCAUUGCCGAGCCCCGAUGACUCUUACAGAAAGUUCCCGAACUCUCCGCAAGAGUUUCACUCGCCCUCCGACCCCAAUCGAAAGAACCCUUUUGAGGAAACCUUCAACUUCGAGGAACAGUUCUUCAACGCGGACCCGUUUUCAAUUGAUUUUGCGCCAACAGAAGAAGAACUGCAAGAAGUGGGACCAAAUACAGACCCUGUGUUUGACCUGGACUCGUUUGCAGUCAAUCUAGAUGAACUUCCCCUCGAUAUAUUCGACCCGAAACCAGCGGGGCAACAAGCGGUCGAAAAUAAACAUGAUAGCCUGCUUCCUCUUGGUCAAGAACCGGUGCCAGUAUUUUCAGAGGCCACCGCCACGAGAGAUGACAGCGGAUUUCCUUCAACUGAAUCCCUGCUUCCUCAAACUACCAGAGACUGGCAGAGUCAUUCUUUUCCACCCUUAACCAGUGCAAACAUCAAACAAGAAAAACCUGAGAUUGUGAGUGUUCCAAGUGUGCCAUGCCCAGCAAGUACAUCUACCAGGUUUACACCUUCAACUGCUCCUAAGGAUUUUGGUGGGGCAUGCCCAGCUAUCGCAGCAGCAGGGGCAUCACGCUUCCCAGCAUCAGAAGAUGAAAUAGUUGACAUGAGUAUUAGUGAAUUCAGCAACUUUUUGGAAACACUUUCAGAGCCUGAUGCACAGAAGGCCAGGGACAUCCGUAGAAGAGGAAAGAACAAGGUUGCCGCCCGUUUGUGUCGUAAAAGAAAGAUUGAUGUUGUCAGUGACAUAGAAGAAGACAUUGAAAGUCUGAGAAAGAAGAAAGAGGAAAUCAUCAAACAAAGGCAAAAACUCUUAGCUGAAAAUGCUUAUUACAAGAAGAAAGUCAAUGAACUGCAGGACCACCUGUUUCAAAGUUUACGAGAUGAAAGUGGCCGUCCUCUUUCAUCAAAAGAAUAUACCAUUUUCCAAGGGGCUAAUGGUAGCAUCUUUGUAGGGAAAAAUAUAGACAGUGAAUCUAAGAAGAAGCAAAACAGCCACAGUAGUGACUAAGUACUAGUUAGAGUUUUGUUAGGUAAGAAUUUUGAAUAUAGUGUCAGGCCUUGCAGGUCAGAGAACUGAAGAUGCAGAUUUCAAAACAUCUUCUGAAGAGACAAUGUGAAAAUUGAGGAAUGGUUAAUAUUGCAGUAAGCUGCACAUUGGAACUGUAGGUAACUUGUCUUGGUGAUGCCUCAACUAGAACUCUGUAGCCAGUUGGUGUUUUAUUUCAAGAAUGCAAAGAAGUUUAGGUUUGUUGGUACCCUUAACAAUGUGUAGUAGGCAUGUGUGAAGUAUCAGGAUAUUAUUCCCAUCUGCUUCUGGUGUUUGAAAGACACAGCACCUCUGACCUCUUAGUUGCGAAAAGAGUUUCACUAAUAUUUUGGAAGCAACAUGUGCAAACUUAGAGUGUUUUAAGAGGUGAUGAAGAAAUUUUAUUUAUUUGGUUUAUAGACAUUUUCAAGUCUUAUUUUGUUCAGUGCGUUGAAACAAUCACCUUUUCAGAAUCCAUACGGAAAUGUCCACAUUAUGAUACUUUUAAGUUAGGCAACUUAAAAAUGUUUCAGUUUUUCAAUUAUUUCCAACAGAUUAGGGGGAAAAAAAAACUUACUUAUUAUGUCGGCUUAACAUCGUUCAUUAAUUUUUAAUUAUAUACACAACAUUCUCCCUUCGAAUAUUGUUGCUAGGAAUUUACUUUCUGUGAGAUCUUUCUUAUGUUAAGAACAAAAGGUUUUUUUUCGUACAGGUUGAAUAAUGUAAAUAUUGUAAAUAGUGUAUUAAAAUGUUUCUCAGACAUUCUUGUUUAGCUCCAAAGUUCCACAUUAGUAUAAAUAAAACACAAAUGUAAUUUUAUAAGUACUAUUACGUACCUUUCCACUGAUACUGGAGAAAAGAAUGACUUGAGAAAUGAUUAUUAAAAAAAAUUGGAACAGGA